CCUAGGCAGGGGCUCAUGGAGGAGGCCCGGCGCCGCCUGAGGGAGUUCGAUAUCGGGGACAAGUUCUGCCGCCUGCCGCUGCCCAGAGCCGCCGUGCUGCUGCCGCUGAUGGUGCGGCGGGGGCGGCUGCACCUGCUGCUCACCGUCCGGUCCAUGCAGCUGAGAAGAUCACCAGGGGAAGUGUGUUUUCCAGGAGGUAAAAGAGAAGCCACUGAUAAAGAUGAUAUUGACACUGCUCUCCGAGAAGCUAAAGAAGAAGUGGGUCUUCAGCCAGAGAAGGUGGAAGUCAUCUGUAGGCUGAUGCCUGGAAUUGAUAAAAUGAAUAACUUGGUGGCACCAGUUGUAGGAUUCAUAGAGGAUACAUUCCAGGUCACUCCUAAUCCAGAUGAAGUGAGCGAGGUUUUUGUUGUGCCUCUGGAGUACUUUGUCAAGCCCUUAAAUUACAAGGCCUUCUCUUAUGAAACCUCCUCAGGUUAUUUAACUCGGAUGCACUGCUUUAUAUAUGAUGACCAGGAACAUAAAAAGUCAUUCAAGAUAUGGGGACUGACUGCACACUUUGCAGUAUUUCUUGCUCUUGUAAUUUUUGGAGAGAGACCUACCUUUGAGGUAGAUUAUGAUCUUGACAACUUAAUGUCAUCCUCUGAGAAUUACUUCAUUAAUUUGUAUGCAUCUAUAUAUGAAAGAAAGAAGAGUAAUCUCUGACAACUUAGUCUGGCAAUUAAUUUAUUUUUUAAGAGGAGAAAUGAAGUUUGUUUAUUUCCUUUGUACCUAAUUUUUUGAAAGCUACACUUGAAUUUCUUCUGAAUUGGGAACUUCAAUUAGAUUAAUAUAAUUAAUUAAUUAG